GGGGGAGAGAGAAGAGGAAAUGCAGUCUGUGUGCGACUCUUGAAAAGUCCAUUUGAGUUCAGCUGCAGAGCUGAUCUCCAGCUUGACGAAAAUGCCCAACUACACAGUGACUGUCGCCACAGGCACUCAGUGGUUUGCUGGAACAGAUGACUACAUUUAUAUGACCCUGGUGGGAUCUGAGAGAUGCAGUGAGAGAACCCUCCUGGAUAAACCCCUCUAUAAUGACUUUGAGAGAGGAGCGGUGGACUCAUAUGACGUCAGUGUGGGAGAGGACCUGGGUGAAAUCGAGCUGGUGAAAAUUGAAAAGAAGAAAUACUGGAUGCAUGAUGACUGGUACUGCAAAUACAUCACAGUGAAGACACCCUAUGGAGAUUACAUUGAGUUCCCCUGCUUUCGCUGGUUAUAUGAUGACAAAGAGGUGAUCCUCAGAGAUGGAAGGGCUCGAUUGCCACAGCAUGAAAAGACUGGAGUGGUGAAACAGCACAGGCGCAAAGAACUAGAACAGAGACAGAAGACAUACAGGUGGAAGGAGUGGCACCCUGGCUUCCCUAUGAGCAUAGAUGCCAAAACCCAUAGUGAGCUUCCACGAGACAUUCAGUUUGACAGCGAGAAAGGAGUGGACUUUGUGCUCAACUACAGCAAAGCGAUUGAAAAUCUCUGUGUAAACCAGUUCAUGCACAUGUUCCAGUCCUCAUGGGGAGAUUUUGCAGACUUUGAGCGCAUAUUCGUGAGAAUUAAGAAUACAAUAUCAGAGUAUGUGAUGGAGCACUGGAAGGAAGACUUCAUGUUCGGGUACCAGUUCUUGAACGGCUGUAAUCCAGUGGUCAUCAGGAAAUGCACAGAAAUUCCUGACAAGUUUCCAGUCACACAAAAGAUUGUUGAGGACAGUCUAGAGAGGGGUCUCACGCUGGAAGAAGAGCUCAAGGAAGGAAACCUCUUUAUUGCUGACUAUGAGCUAUUAGAUGGUGUUACUCCCAAUGCCACAGACCCAUGCACCCUUCAGUACUUGGCUGCACCCAUCUGUCUGCUCUAUAAGAACAGUCAGAACAAAAUCAUGCCAAUCGCCAUCCAGCUGGGUCAGAGACCAGGAGAGGAUAAUCCCAUCUUCAUACCGACUGAUGAUGAGUACGACUGGUUGCUGGCCAAGAUCUGGGUAAGAUCUUCAGACUUCCAUGUACACCAGACAGUCACACAUCUUCUCAGGACACAUCUGAUAUCUGAGGUCUUUGGCAUAGCCAUGUUCAGGCAGCUGCCUGCCGUUCAUCCUGUUUUUAAGUUGCUGUUACCUCACAUCCGUUUCACCAUUGCCAUUAACACCAAGGCUCGUGAGCAGCUCAUCUGUGAGUGUGGACUCUUUGACAAGGCUAAUGGGACAGGUGGAGGUGGCCACGUAGAACUGGUCCAGAGGUCCAUGAAGACCUUCACAUACAAGUCCUUGUGUUUCCCAGAGGCCAUAAAAGAACGAGGCAUGGACAGCCGGGAGGAACUGCCCUACUACUUCUACAGAGAUGAUGGCUGCAGGGUCUGGGAGGCAGUGACAAGUUUUGUGACAGAUGUAGUGGACAUCUACUAUGACAAAGAUGAGACAGUCCAGGAAGACGAAGAGAUCCAGGCGUUUGUGAAAGAUGUUUGCAGCUUUGGAAUGCAGGAUUUUGACUACUGUGAAUUUCCCAAGACUUUACAAACCAAGAAGCAACUGGUGGAAUAUCUAACUAUCGUCAUCUUCACUGCUUCUGCACAACAUGCUGCAGUAAACUUUGGACAGUAUGACUGGUGUUCAUGGAUCCCAAAUUCCCCCCCAACCAUGCGGAAGCCUCCUCCUACGAAGAAGGGCGAGGUGGAUUUGAAGUACAUAGUGGAGAGUCUGCCUGAUCGAGGACGCUCCUGCUGGCAUCUGGGAGCCGUGUGGGCCCUCAGUCAGUUUCAAGAAAAUGAGUUGUUCCUAGGUAUGUAUCCAGAUGAACACUUCAUUGAGAAACCUGUGAAGGAGGCCAUGGUGAACUUCCGCAAGAAACUUGCAGAAGUGGCUAAAGACAACAAGAGCCGAAAUGAGGGAAAAAAGCUGCCUUACUACUAUCUUUCUCCAGACAGAAUCCCGAAUAGUGUGGCUGUCUGAUUCAGCAGUCGCACGGGACCAGAAGUGCUAUGCUAGUAGUAGGAAGUGUUUUAUCAGAGUGUUUUAUGUGUUAAAAAUUGGAAGAAGAAACUAUUUUAUAUAUACAAAGUUUGGCGCACUCUUAAAAAUAAAAGUUCUUUAUUGGC